AUGUCCACAAGCGCGUCCAGCAGCAAACCCGCCGCUGCCAGUGGUACCAGCUCUACCCAGGCCCCCGAGCCUAGCAAGACCGCGUACCGCAACCCCGUGGUCGAGGACGACGAUGACGAUGAUGACCUGGACGACCUCGAUGACGUUCUGAAUUCGUUCAACGCGCCCAAAUCAACGCUUGGCAAGCGUUCCGAGCCCGACCGCACUGCCGCUGCUUUGGCUGGUGCCGGUUCGUCGUCGUCGCGCUCGCCGGCUCCGGCAGCCGGGGGCGCUGAGGCCGGCGGCGACAUUGACGACGACGAGUUCCAGGCGUCCCUCAUGGACGGCAUGGAGUCGUUGCUGCGCUCCCUCGCUGUCGACCACCCCCCUGGACCCAUGCCCGGUGCUACGUCUGGUUCGCCCGACAAGUCUGGUGCUGCGGCCGCCGGCGACAUGAGCUCGGAGGAGGAGGAGAAGGCGUUCCAGCGCGCAGUGGAGAUGAUGCUCUCGGGCGAGGGAAUGGAGGCGCUGGGUCUGGACGGCAAGAAGGGCGCGUCGCCCGGUCCCUCGACUCGUGCUGGUGGCGCCGCACCGGCAGCCGGUGGCCCUGCUGGCAAGGCCAGCUUUGACGACACCAUCCGCCGGACCAUGGAGUCGCUCAAUGCCGGCGGCGCGGGCGCGAGCAACGACGGCAUGCCCGAGGACCUCGCUGCGCUCCUGGCGCAGCUCUCCAAGGACCCCUCGGCACUCGACGGUCUUGGCGAGGACGACGACGAGCUUGGCGGCCUCUUGGACAGCAUGAUGGGCCAGCUCAUGAGCAAGGAGGUGCUCGAGGAGCCCAUGACCGAGCUGGCUGCAAAGUAUCCCGGCUACCUCGAGUCUCCACCUGCUGGCGUCAAGGAGCCCGAGCUUGUCAAGUACAGGCAGCAGCACAAGCUUGUGCUCCAGAUCCUCGAGGUGUUCAAGCGCCCGCAGUACGCGGACGACACGGACGGCAAGGAGGUUGCCCGUCUUGUGGGCGAGAUGCAGGACCUCGGUGGCCCCCCCAACGAGAUUAUGGGUGAUCUUCCAGAGGGAUUCGACCUCGGUGCGCUUGGCGGCGGCGACGAGCAGUGUGUCAUCAUGUAG